CCUGCUCCCUCCCUCCGCGCCGUGACUUCCGGCGGCCGCUCUAGCCGCGCCGCGUCUAUGCCCGCGGCGCUGGGGGAUGUUUAUUGUCGCGGCGCGUCGGCCCAGCACCCGGAGCGCCGCCGGGCGACCCACCGACCGGCACCGCGCUGCGCCGCGCCCUGCCCUGCCCUGAGCGCCGCCCGCCCGCCCGCACGGUAACGGCCGCCGCCCGCCGACGGGCCGCGCUCCUGCUCCUCCUCCCCCUCGCCGCGUCUCGGGUCCGCGGGCCCGGCCCGGCAGGAGCCGCCGCUGCCGCCGUUGAGCCCCCGCGUCCCGCCCCUCUCCGCCGCCGCUGCUGCCCGGCCGAGGAUGUGAUCUUCGUGGUGAGCUGGUGGGAAAAUUGAGUUGUAAAUCACCCCAAUGGAUGCGGACAGUGAUGUUGCACUGGACAUUUUAAUCACAAAUGUAGUGUGUGUUUUUAGAACAAGAUGCCAUUUAAACUUGAGGAAGAUUGCAUUAGAAGGAGCAAAUGUGAUAUACAAGCGUGAUGUUGGGAAGGUUUUAAUGAAGCUUAGGAAACCUAGGAUUACGGCCACAAUUUGGUCCUCAGGAAAAGUUAUUUGCACAGGAGCCACAAGUGAAGAAGAAGCUAAAUUUGGUGCCAGACGACUAGCUCGUAGUCUACAGAAACUAGGUUUUCAGGUAAUUUUCACAGAUUUUAAAGUUGUGAAUGUUUUAGCAGUGUGCAACAUGCCCUUUGAGAUCAGAUUGCCAGAAUUUACAAAGAAUAACAGACCUCAUGCGAGUUAUGAACCAGAACUUCAUCCUGCCGUGUGUUACAGAAUAAAAUCUCUCAGAGCUACCUUACAGAUUUUUUCCACAGGCAGUAUCACAGUUACAGGGCCAAACGUAAAGGCUGUUGCCAGUGCUGUGGAACAGAUUUAUCCAUUCGUGUUUGAAAGCAGGAAAUAAAUUUUGUAAUUCACCACUUGAUGGUUAGGUUCCCUAACCGAGCACCUUCAAAGACUGCUGCACAUUGGACUAAAAGCAAAAAGGAAAACUGGACCAACCAUAGCAGAGGAAUACAGACUCUUUUACUUGCUCAUGGCCACAGUAUAGACUCCAGUUCUUUUGGAUUUUACUCUUAACAGUGCUGUAUUGUAAAAACAGAAGUUUACAAGAUAUGAAAUUGCUGCUUUUAAAAAGACAUUCUAUUUAUUUUUGCAGUAAUUUCUGUGUAUUCAUAAGCAAAGCUGUCACGAUGUGCACUACCUUUAAGACUUUCUUUUUUUUUUUUUUAGCUUGAGCUUGUGUUUUAUUUGUGAAUAGUCUUUUACAUUUUUGUAUGCUGAAUAUUGGGCACCAAAGAAGCUGUAAAAGUUAUCUUUUUCACCUGAUGAAUGUGCACAAAUAAAAGUUUGGAAAAUAUUUCUCUUCAUACCUGUUCUGUUACGUUCCUUCCCUUUUUAUAUUACGAUUAAAAUUGUAUAGUUGCAAAUUAAUUUGAAACAAUGUAAGAAUAGUCUUUUGCUGAUACCUUCUGUUUCUGUUUGUAGUAUGUGUAAAACUGUGCGUGGGUUAGAUUGAAAUCUAUAGUAGUUAACGUAUGUUUAUCUGAGGAUGAAAUUUGGUUUGUUCCCAGUUCUCUUAACUACAUGCCAGACUUCAAGUAUUUUCUUGUUGUUACAUGAAGAGAAGACAUUUCUAAAUAUAAAGGUCUACAGCAAGUGUUUUCCCGUAGAUGAAUUGUAGAAUAUGCUGAGUUGGAAGGGAGCCAUCAGGAUCACCGAAUCCAGCUCCUGGCUCUGCACAGGACACCCCAAGAGUCACACCAUGUGCCUGAGAGCAUUGUCCAAAUGCUUCUUGAACUCUGUCAGGCUUGGUGCUGUGACCAUUUCCCUGGGGAGCCUGUUCCAGUGCCCAGCCACCCUCUGGGUGAAAAACUUUUUCCUGGUACCUGUACUAAACCUCCUCUGACUCAGCUUCAUGCUGUUUCCUCAAGUCCUCUCACUGGUCACGAGAGUGAAGAGAUCAGUACCUGCCCUUCUGCUUCCCCUCGAGAGGAUGUUGAAGACCACAGUGAGGUCUCUCCUCAGUCUCCUCUUCUCCAAGCUGAACAAACCAAGUGACCUCAGCCCCUCCUCAUACGGCUUCCCCUCCAGACCCUUCACCACCCUUGUGGCCCUCCCUUGGAACUUUCUGAUAGCUUAAUUAUGUUAUCAACUUAUGAAGCUACUGUAGAAAAAACAACUGCCUUGUCCACCUACUCAAUGCAAAAGAAAAAAAUUUAAAUGUGAACUUCAGAAAAUUGUUGUGCUUCAACUGGGGAAGAUGCUGUGGUCACUCUAAUCCAGCCCCAACCUGUUGCUGAAUGAUUAACACAGACCUUUUCUACACUCUUCUUACUGUAUACUGUUUUGAUGACAGGAGCUGCCAACAAGCAAUGACGCUUGAUUCUGGCAUGUAUUAUUAUUGGUAUUAAUCUUGGACUUGAAAGCCAGUAGGUGUUUCUCUCAAUAAGUGCACAUUUGAAACAGAAGAGGUGAAUGCUUAAAAGUAACUGCAAAUGCUACUUUUAAAAAAGAUACAAUAAAUAUGUAUAAAUGUA